AUGGCUUUCCUCAAGUCCUCAGUUCUGAACCUCGCCAUUGUCAUUCUGGCGGCUCCAGUAGCACUUGCCGAUUUGCACAAAGUCGCAGUAUGUGUGACAAACAGAAUCAGCUCCCCAAAUGGUGGCACUCCAUACAGCGUCAGCUAUGAUUGGGCAAAGAACUACGAGAUCCUCCCCGAUGCUACCAAGUGUGCAUGCGAUCUUUACCGCCAGCGCAAUACUGGAAGCAAACAAUGGGACACUUGCCCUGACUGCAUGUUUGACGGCAUUGGCUGCAACUCCGCUGCUUCGCACAUUGGUGGUGACGAGAUGACAUACUACUGCGAGAGCAAGUGCGGUGCCCAGGGAGCUGAGGGCAACUCUUGA